GUGCGCCAUUUCAUAUCAGGCUACCAUAUAUUCACUGUUGCGGUUGCGUAACAAAUGAAAUGCAACGUGCGGGAGGGAUACAAUAUUUUAUUUAUUAAUUUUGAGUACUAAAUUGUGCUUUCAAUAAGAGCCUCAAAGACGACGAUAAUAAUCUCGCUGUCCUUGAGUUUCGACAUGUUAAGUUGAGAACUGAUCGGAGACUCAAUUUACAUCGUAUGCUGACGAUGGUGGUCUCCAGCCUGCUCCGUCCUCUGGCGGUGGCCGCCGCCCGGCCCCCGCUCUGCUCCGCCUGUCGGCAGCUGCUGCGAUCCGGUGACGUCACGCCGCGUCAGCUGCUGCUGCGUGACGUCACCAUCCGUCAGCUGACCGGCGGCGGGUCGGGUCAGCAGCAGCGCAGCCGCCGGCUCAGGUCGACGCUCUACUAUGUGACGGCCAUGGGUGUGCUGGUUGGAGGUCUGAGCUACGCCGCUGUGCCGCUCUAUAGGAUAUUCUGUCAGGCGUACGCGUACGGCGGCACCACCCAGGGUCACGACGCUGAGAAGGUGCUGACCAUGAAGAAGGUGGAGGAUCGCGAGCUGACGAUCCGCUUCAACGCUGACACCGCCAGUAGCAUGACCUGGAGCUUCCGGCCGCAGCAGCGCGAGAUCAAGGUCCGUCCGGGCGAGACGGCGCUGGCGUUCUACACCGCCACAAACCCCACCGAUAGGCCCAUUGACGGCAUCGCCACGUAUAACGUGGUGCCGUUCGAGGCGGGCGCCUACUUCAACAAGAUCCAGUGCUUCUGCUUUGAGGAGCAGCGGCUUAACGCCAAGGAGCAGGUGGAUAUGCCCGUGUUUUUCUAUAUCGACCCAGAAUUUGACGAAGAUCCCCACAUGGAAAAUGUGAAAGAGAUAACUCUUAGCUACACGUUCUUCGAGGCAAAGGACAGUAUAAAGAUGCCAGUGCCAUCUUACGCCACCAAGUAGAACUAGCAGUGUACGACUCCUCCACUAGCUGUCAGGUGUGUGCUGUGUUCUGGGGCCACCGGUAUUGGCGCUCGGUUUCUAUGGAAACGUAAGUAAAAAUUGGUGAUUCUGAUUUGGUUUUCAUGGUAACCGAGCGCCAAUACCGGUAGCGUCAAUGCGCUGAAACAGGGCCCUGGUUGGCAAAUUGUAGCUGUACAUUUUUGUACAGUUCUAGAAGUGACAAAGUAGUGGGACUCUGGCGAAGCGAAUGGUCAAUUUUGUGACGGUUUACAAGAAUAUAUCAUGUGUGGUGAAUUGAACAUGAACUGUGAUCGAGA